UAAUAAAUAAAUAAAAAUAUAAUUAAAUAAUCAGAUUGGAAUAUAAUGCCGGCUACUACGGGUCUCCUGUUCAAGCGCUACGUUCGCAUCGAAUUGAAUCUAUGGCGUCGUACUCUCUUCGAGGCCGUAACCCUGGUGAUCAUGGUCCUGGUAAUUCUACUUAAUCCCAUUGCCCAUUCCAAGCGUCUUCUCUACAAUCGCCGGGAGGCCACCAAUGAACAGAGUAUCGUCUCCCACAAGCUGGAGGACAUCAGCAUACUCACUCAAUUGGCCGACUCGAAGCGCGAGAAAACCAAAUAUAUCCUGGCCUAUGCCCCCAUUGUACCGUUCGCCAGAGAAAUGACCGAAUCGGUGGCCAAAACCUUGGAACUGAAUGCCACCAUUGGCUUCAACAGCGCCGAUCAAAUGCAGGAUCAAUUCGAUGAAAGAACCACAUUGGCCGGCGUCGUCUAUUAUAAUGUGGAGGCCGAGGGAACACCCCUGAAGCUAUCCCUAUCGAUUCGCUUUCCCAGCGAAUUCCGUACCAUCCUGCCGUUUCUCACGGAGAAUCGGCUCUGGCUGACACGCUGUUCCGGUCGAAUUAAUGAGGGCCGGGAUCGCGUCACCGAUCAGGAUAAGCAACAGGAUAUCUAUAUACGCGAAGGAUUCCUACAGCUGCAACAUCAGAUUUUUACAGAGUGGUAUCAUCGACUGAGAAAUGAAUUCCCAACCGAAUAUCCCGAACCGAAUGUCGAGGUUUAUAAUAUUUUGCAUAAGGCGGAUGAUGAAUCGUGCACGUCGAUGAAUAUGCACCGAUUGCCGACCUUUCUUUAUAAUUUUAUAUACCUUUUACCUUUUUUGAACAUAAUUAGAAACGUGGCUGCCCAAGUGGAGGAUGGUGUUAUGGUCCAUCAAUGGCACUAUGGUUAUUCCUUUGGCAUUCAAUGGUGUCUCAAGUUUUUGGUUUUAUUUAUUCGAAUGAUUUGCUUUGAUUUGCUUUUUAUUGGUAUUGUUACGACUUUUUGGGUUUUUGGUGGACGAGAUGGUGAACUUUCUGGUUGGGGUAUGUUGGGAUUUGUAUGCUUCAUGGUCGUCUACACCGUGGAGUUCAUCAUAACCGGAAUGGUGGUGGCCAAGCUCUUCGCCAAUCCCAUCAACGCCGUUCUAUGUGGACUUGUUUUGUGGAUUUUUAUGUACGCCGCAUUUUGUAUUAUAUUAGAGAGGUAUUGGGAUGCCCAUCAGUACUACGUCUUCUUCGUUCUGGUGGCCUUCUUCAACUGCCAGAUGCACUUCAGCAUGAAUCUCUUCCGACUCUGCAUUGAGUCCCCCGAAGAUGUGAAAACCAUUGACUUUGUUGUCCUGUUCACCGCCGCCAUUAGCUCCGCCCUGAUCUAUCUCUUGGUCCUGCUGGCAGCCCAAUGGAGAAUGCCCGGAAAGUUCCUCAGCCGUCGGAUCGUAAAUAAUCGUCGCCGUAAGCACUCCAAAGGUGAUUCCGCCAUUCUGUACUUGGGUCGGGCGCCCAGUUGGCAAAACUUUGAAUACGGCGAUGUGGGUUCGGUGGAAAUGAUGCGACUCCGACAUGUCAGCACUGCCCACCGGGACUCAGAGCGUAAGAUUCUGAAGAACAUUUCGAUGAGAGUUUAUAAAGGAGAGAUCUAUGCUCUGCUGGGACACAUCGGUUCCGGUAAACUCACCGUACUCCGGGUGAUGGCGGGUUUGAAGUUCCCGCUGAAGGGCUCUGUCACGGUUAUGGGUAAACCCUUUGGUCCCAAGGAGGCGUCCCGACGCCUGGUCGACUUCCGUUUCGAUGAACAUGGCCUGAACAAGCACCUCACCGUAGAGCAGACCAUCGACUAUCAUGUCCGGCUGAAGCUCCGGCCCACGGAACAGGAUCGCUUUCUGAUUGAGAAGCGGAAGUGGCUGGCGAUUUUGGAUCAGCACGUCGAGAGCCGGCGGGCCAGGAUCGGACAAUUGAGUUUCGGGGCCCAGAAACUGGUGGCGUUGUGCGUUUGCCUGGCCGGUGACACCAAGAUCAUUAUCUUGGAGGAGCCCACCUUGGGCCUGACGGGACGAGAGGCGCAGAUCUUUUGGUCGAUUGUCAUCAGCGAGAAGGAGAACCGAUCGUUUGUGAUGGGCACCUAUAGUGUGGGGGAGGCGGAGCAUAUAGCCGAUCGGAUUGGAAUACUCAGCAUGGGUGUCCUGGAGGCCAGUGGAACGCCAUUCUUUUUGCGAGCCAAGUUCAGUAGUACAGUGGACCUGGUCAUUAUCAAGAAACCCCAUGUACCGGAUCAGCCCAUCACCGACUUCAUAAAUCAAUUCCUACAGAACGUGGAGCCGGAUAACGAGAUAGGUGAUACUUUGACCUAUCGAUUGCCCGUCAAAUAUCGGCCAAGACUGCAGAAACUAUUGAUACAUUUGGAAAUCGAUCGCAAAAAGUUGGGAAUCGAAAAUGUACGGGUUGUGGGGGCAGAACUGUCCGAUAUUUACAUGAAAUUGGCAACAUCUUUUCGGUUACAGCAGCAAAUUAUACCAGAUGUCACUCAAACAUUUAAAUACCAGGUUGUGUCCAAGAAGCACCUGGCCAGACAACGCAUGAGAGCCAUGUUCUACAAAAAGAUGAUCCACACAGCCCCCAAUGUCUGGCCGAUAAUUAUGAUCAUCACCAGCUUCAUAUUAAUCGCCAUUAUCGCCCGGUUAUCGGUUAUGUUGAAUGUGCCCAAGGAGCGAAUGAAUGAAAUUAAACUGGCCUAUGACGAUGACAAGGUGGAAACUAUUGAUAAUAUUCCCAAUCUGGGGGAUUGUGGUUACAUAAACAUACAAUCGGUGAGCAAGAACAAGAACAAGCUGCAGGAAUCCCAUUCCAAGGUAUUCGAUAAGGACUCCUUAGUCUGUGAGAAGGGAAGUUAUCGGAACGAUUUGAAGAAGAAGGAUGGAUUGACGAGCAUGGGGGCUGUGGAGGCGGACGGGGAGCAGGACAUCAAUGGAUAUAUCAGUCAGGAUAUCUUCCACUCGGCACCAGUGAUGCUUAACUUGUUGCAUAAUAUUAUUUUGAAACUUUCCUAUGCGGAUAGAAACGAUAUAAUGUGCCUGGUGAAUAACCAUCCCAUGCCCACCCAACUCUCGAUGAAAAUCAACUUGCUGGACAACAAGAUCGCCCACAUCCAGGCCCCACUGGUCAUUGGAUGCAUACUGCCACUGACCAUAUCCGUAUUCGUAAUCCCCCUGGUCGAGGAGGAGGUCUUCAAGCUGAGAUUCCUCCAGCAUAUGGCCGGUCUGGGUCUGAAAAUAUUCUGGGGCAUUAACUUGUUCUGGGAUUGGUUCACGUUCUUCAUCUACUCGAUCAUUAUUGUGGUGAUUAUGAGUCUGGUGGGGAUCGGGGGCUUCGGGUUCUAUGAGAACUCCCUACUCGUCCUGCUGAUGACAUUUUUUGGACUGGCCGCACUUCCAAUCACCUAUCUGGUGGCCAUGUAUGUGAACAAAUCGAUGAUGAGAGCGUUUCUAGUUUCCGUGUUGGUCCAUGGCGCAUCGGGCAUUGUCCUGUACAUCAUCUACUGGGACGUGGCCAACAGCAAUGAUAUAUUCUUCUACGGGGCAUGUCUCUCACCCGGAUUUUCGCUACUGGACGGCAUCAGUAACGUAUACACUCAGUCCUUGGAGCAGGAACUGUGUCGUUCCAAGUGCGAGGCACAUGCCAGCUGCACUCCCGAAAAUAUGCACGAAGUAGUGCCUCAUUGUCGCUUUGAUACCUACUUUAAAUGGAUGUCCCCGGGAAUACUUCCUGCUAUUUUCUUCAUGACAGUCACUGCCAUUAUUUCCCUGUGUCUCAUAUUUUGGAUUGAAUUGCAUCGCCGCGAAAAGAAGUUCCAUUCAUCGAGAGACCUCCAUAAAAUGAGAACUGCCGCAUAUCCUUUCGAUGAUGGCGAUGUGGCGGAUGUGAAACUGAAAAUUGCCGAGGCGGACAUGACAAAGUGCAAGCAGUCUGUUUUUUUGGUGGACCAAGUGGAGGCCCGUGUUCCUCCCACUGGAAAUAGGAUUAAUACAGUAUCGUUUGCCUUAAAUAAGUACAUGAGCAUGGGCAUUUUUGGACCCAGAAACUGCGGCAAGAGCCAUUUAAUCCGACAAUUGGUUGGAAAAGAGGGCUUCGCCUUCGGCGAGAUCUACGUCCGUGGACUGGACUUCAAGUACGACCUGGAAAGCAUCCACACCUACAUGGGCUACUGUCCGCAGCACGACGGUCUGCUCAAGGAGCUGACACCCAGGGAGCACAUCCGAUUGCUGUGCAUGAUUCGAGGUGUUCCGGACAAGAAGAUCGGAGAGAAGAUGCACGAUCUGUGCCUGAUGCUGAACAUGACCGGAUGGAUGCAUCGAAAGUGUGGUCUCCUGACGGCGGAGAAGCGUCAGAAGGUCAAAAUAGCCCUGACCCUGGUGGCCUAUAAUAAGAUACUGGUGUUUGAUGAACCCACCCGUGGAAUGCCUUCGACAACGCGUCGGGAAAUCUGGAAUAUAUUGAGAUAUUUACGUUAUUGCGGCAAGACAAUUAUUUUUGCCACAAACGAUGAGCUGGAGUGCAAGGUCCUGGCCGAUUUCAUUAUCCUGUUCAGUGACAGCGAGAUGCUGGCCAUCGGAAGUCUUCAGUACUUGCGGUAUAAGUACAGUCAUGGCUUCUAUUUGGAAGUACGUCUCAUCAGGGAUGGAGCUACGGUCGCCGAAUCGGAGGAGAAUCUGCGCAAAGAUGUGGAGAAUCUGGCCAAGUUUGUUAACUUUUUGCAUAAUAGAUCGGAAUUAGUUGGCCGCCUUCACAAUUGGUUCAAAUACUAUAUCCCCGUGGGUCACAUCGUCUACUCAUUUUUGUAUGGCGCCAUGGAGAAGAACAGGAUCCGGCUGAAUGUCUCCGACUACUGCAUCUACCAGGCGGACAUGAACAAUGUGGUGGCCCAGGUCCAAAUAACCCGGGCGGAGCUCAAGUAUCGCCUCAACCAAGCCGAGGGACCAAUGCUCGAUCAGGCUCCCAAAUAUCGAAAGAGCAAGAAGGGCAAGAAGUUCUAGGAUUUGUCCAAGCUAUCAAAUUUUUAAAUCUGUAAUUCUUCGCUAUGUACUUGUAUAUUUUGUACAUUAUAUGUUUUCCAGCGUUCUCUGGACGCCGUUCAAUAA